UACAACAUCGGGAUUUUGCAUGCGUUUGACUUGGUAAACAUGGAUGUUCAUGUGGUUGUGUACUAUUUGUUAAUUUUUAGCGGCUGUUCAUCGUUUAAGUACAUUACUAAGACACAAAGCGAUGGCAACUUAUGUAUUAAGGCAAGCAAUUCACGUUGUACAUUUUAUUGUGGAAAAGAUACCAUAGAUUUAUCUGCAAUAGAUGGGACGGCAACCGAACCAAGCUUUGAAAACAUUCACGACAGUGUAGAAAAUGAUGUUUUCUAUCAUUGGAGUCCUUGUACAAAAUUUUUAAAAAAUUGCAGCUAUUUAGUAAACGUUUGUCGAGUGUUGGAAAGUUACAAACGUUCAGAAAAUUUGGGAGUUAAUGGCCCAACUAUGAAAUUUGAUGUUGAGCAACAAAAAUAUAAAUUGAUAUAUAUGGGUCCAAAAGAUCACGUUAUUGGUGAAUUAAAAACGAACGUGUAUAUAGAAUAUGACAGUUCUAGUGAAGGUAGAACUAGUUUUAUGAAGAACUAUGGGAAUUUCUUUGAAAUGACAUUGUUUACUAAAUAUGCAACAAAAAGUUCUCGAAAUAAGAAGGGUGAUGAUAGAAGAUUAAGUGCAGGAUCAAUAGUUCUCAUUGUCACGUUUUGCAUCGUCGUACUAUAUCUUGGAUUUGGUAUUUUAUAUAUGAAGUUUCAUCGAGGUGCAGAAGGGAUGGAAAUGAUUCCUCAUUAUUCCUUUUGGUCAGAAAUUCCAGCGUUAGUGAAGGAUGGUUGUACAUAUUCCAUUGAAACUGUUAAGACUUGUCCCUCGUUAGGCAGAAGAGAUUAUGAAAAAAUAUAAUUAUUUACGUAUAAUAUAUAAUGAAAAAAGAUCAUUAAACUAUACUGGAAAAAUAUUGUGUUUAUUUCUAGCAAGAAAACUGAUGUUCUGCAACAAUUAAAUAAUCAUUCACUCAUAUAGAUUACUUUUAUAUUUCACACCAAUCCAUGAUCUGGAAAUUAUAUUAACUUAUAUGAAAUAUCUUGAAAAUUUAUCAAAACAAUGAUGAAAAUUAAUGUCUCUUUGUAGUUAAGUGUGUCGUGGUGAACCAAAUCGUGCAAUGUAUGACAAGCAAUUAUUGAAAAUAGUCAAUUUUCUACUGUGAAUUUAUAUGAUAUAAUAACACCUCUUCAUACA